AUGCGUUCACUGGGACAGAAUCCCACCGAACAAGAACUUCAGGAUAUGGAAACUGACAGCGAGAUGAUACGCGAGGCAUUUCGGGUGUUCGAUCGAGACGGUAACGGCUUCAUAACGGCAGAUGAGUUCCGAUAUUUCAUGACACAUAUGGGUGAACAGUUCACCGAUCAAGAGGUUGACGAGAUUAUUGCUGAGGUGGAUAUUGAUGGUGACGGACAGAAAGUGCUGAUCGUGAGUUUGGCGACAUCUAAAGUAAUCAAUUUAUCGAAACGACAUGAGCAUAAAGAUAUCUGUGAAGCUGUAACAAUAAAUCAUAUGGAUGAGUCCUGA